CACAACUAUGCCAUUGAAUAACCAUUGUUGGUUCCACAAAGAGCCGUUUAGCCAAAGGUUCUUUGAACAACCAUCUCUUUCUCUCUUAUUUAAAAUCCGAAUAACCUUUUUAGCCACAAAGAACCUUUGGUGAGACAGAAAUGUUCUUCAGAUGUUUAAGGUUCUUUAUGGCACCUUUUGAAGCACCUUUUUAUAGCCAAUAUAUAGGAUACGACACUGAUGUAGUAAGACAAAUCAAAUAGUAAGACAAUGUGCAAUAAAUGCCAUAUUUCCAUGAAAUAUUCAAAUGAAACAAUGAAUGCUUUAUCCAGAAGCACUUCCUUUUUCAGUUAUUAUAAAUGUUAUGUUGCUUAUAUUUUUUAACAUUUGUGUAGUGUUAAAAACUUCAGGACAGGAACAGUGUUGGUAAGGUAUAAAAAGUGGUCUAUAAUCAUAUAGUACUGAAAAAGAGUUCUGAAAAAAGACCCACUUAAUCAACAAAUUCGCCAUUGUCAUAACAAAGGUGGAUGUAGCUAUAUCGCAUAUUAUGAUUUUUUUAUUUUUAGGACUAUGAUCCUUUCAGUUGUACUGACAAGUCUCUCCGAGAAACCAUUCCCUACAAAAGCCUUCAUCGCAGCUUCUUGACAUGUUUUUCAGAUCGCAUCCACCUAGCAAGGAUUUCUUGUCCUCCGGUCACAUCAUGGAUGUUCUUUUCACAUCCUCCUUCCCUGUAUUAUGCCACCACAAUCUCACGGCUCCCUGCUCCGACAACCAAACCGCAAACUCCACAUCACCCGCUCUGGUUAACCCCCCAGCUUUUGGAAUGUCCUACUUUACCAUGACCCUCGGCACGCUCUCAAACCUCACGGCUCUCGCCAUCCUAGCCCAUUCCUACACCCGCUUCCGUCGUCGUGCCAAAGCCCCGUUCCUUUUGCUGGCUUCAUCCCUGCUUCUGAGUGACCUGGCGGGUCACGUGAUCACAGGGGCCCUGGCACUGCACCUUCAUUUGGGAAGAGUAAAGCAUCACGGGAAGGCAGUGGUCCUGGAGCCUCCACAGGCAUACUGUAAACUGUUCGGGGCUUGCAUGGUGUUUUUUGGCCUUUGCCCUCUGAUGCUGGGAAGCGUGAUGGCGGUGGAGCGUUGCAUAGGUAUCACGCAACCUCUCCUGCACUCCACCGUGGUUACCAUCUCACGCAUCCGCCUCACCAUACUGCUCAUCGCCUCUACGGCUCUCAGUUUAGCGGGACUCCCUCUGCUGAACGUGGGGGGUUACAAACCACAGUUCCCUGGUACUUGGUGCUUUUUACCAGUAUACGGUUCACUUUCCACAGCAGAUGCAAGCCUGGCCUUGGCUUUUUCCACAUUGGGGAUCGUCUCAUUGACAGUCUCUGUUCUUUCGAAUACGAUAAGCGGGAUGCAGUUACUCCAGGCGAGGUUUAAGGAUAAAUAUGUUAAGUCAAGCAUUGCUCGGAGACAGGGGUCAGUCUCUUCCUCAUCCCUACGUUCCCUGGACGUGGAGAUGAUGACACAGUUGGGCGUCAUAACCGUGGUGUCCUGCAUCUGCUGGAGUCCCUUUCUUAUUUACAUCCUUAUAUCCGUGAUCAAGUUUUAUGAAGGGAUCUCCAGACUGGAGCCCCAGUGUGAGGAGCUGCUUCUACUGGCCCUGCGUUUGGCUAGCUGGAAUCAGAUUCUGGAUCCCUGGGUUUACAUCCUCCUGCGGCGAGCGGUCCUCCGCAGAAUUCUGCAUCUGUUGCAGCCCGAAAGAGUCAUGUUCACACAGAGCAGCUCCUACAGAGAUUAG